UUUCUUUGCUCUCACGGAGAAGGGCUAAAAGCCUGUCUAAGAGCUCGUGAUUUUGCGGUUGUUAACCCGAUCGAGCACCAGGGAACGCCCUUUAUAAAUAAACAAAUUAGAGCAAAACUGCACUAACUCUACAAGGGAAUAAAAAUAUUUUAAAGAUUAUUUUACAAUGUCUUUAGCAGAUGAAUUAGUGGCAGACUUUGAAGAGCUUUGUGAAGAGGACGAAGAGAUUAACAACACUGUUGAAGGCGAUGAGUGGGGCCUGGAAGGUUUCGCUUUAGAAGGAAGCGGCCUUGAAGGGAGCGAACGUGCUUAUGAUUUAAACAGCAGUCCUCGAGUCAUUGCAAAGCUUUUAGAGAGUAAAAAUUUAAACGACAUUUUAAACAGUAUUAGUCAUGCCAUUCCAACGCAGAGGAUUCCUUCCGUUACAGGAGUUAUUGAAGAAGAUCCAGAGUACCAGUUAAUAGUAAAAGCAAGUGCUAUUACUGUGGAGAUCGCCAACGAAGUCAAUACACUUCAUAAAUAUAUCCGCGAUCUUUACACUGAAAGAUUUUCAGAACUUGAGAAAAUUGUUCUUGAACCAAUGGCGUAUAUACGUUCAGUUUAUAAUAUUGGAAACGAUCUGGACAUUAACAAAGCCGACUUGAAUGAGAUUCUUCCAGCACACAUAAUAAUGAUUGUCUCCGUGAGCGCUACUACAUCUCAAGGCCAGAAUUUAGAUGACUAUAAACUUGCCAAUAUCCGGGAGGCUUGCGAAAUGGCAUUUGCCUUGGAAGAUGCUGUUAAAAUGAUUACGGAAUUUGUUGAAUCGCGAAUGGCGUUUAUUGCACCAAAUUUGUCUGCGAUUUGCGGCCCUUCCACAGCCGCAAAACUUAUGGGCCAAGCAGGGGGGAUCGCCGCGCUGGCCAAGAUGCCUGCUUGCAAUCUUCUUGUGCUUGGAGCUCAAAAAAAAGCGCUGACGGGUUUUUCAAAUAUAACAAGCUUGCCUCAUUGUGGAUUCAUAUACUUUUCUGAAUUGGUGGACCCAUUACCCGCUGAAUACAAACGAAAAGCGAGUCGAUUGGUCGCCAACAAGUGCUCUUUGGCCUCUCGAUUGGACGCAGGCCACGAGUAUUGCGAUGGCUCUGCGGGUCGAGAAUUUCGCGCCAUUUUGGAAAAGAAAAUCGAGAAGAUGAUGGAGCCUCCCCCUGCACGCCUGGAAAAACCGUUGCCCGCGCCGGACGAGGUGGCCAAAAAGCGUCGUGGAGGACGGCGCGUUCGGAAAAUGAAAAAGCGAAUACUCGCGAACGAAGUCGACAAGGCAAUGAACCGUUUGAAGUUCGGAGAAAUUCAAGACGAUCUUCUCCAAACCAAAAUCGGCUACGACGUCGGUAUGCUCGGGCGCGGCGGAACUGGAAGGAUUCGUACAGCGCAAAUUGAUAAUAAAGUUCGAACAACCAUCACCAAGAGGAUGCAAAGGGAACUCGCCAGGCAGAAGGCGCUUGGCGGAUUCCAAACGUCGCACUCUGUGAAGUCGUCCAUCUCCACUUCGUUAGGAACUUCGUCAAGUGUUGUCUACAGCGCUGAUAUGGGCCUGGAAAUAUAUAAUCCCGCUGCCGCUGAAAAAGUGACGGAAGUUGAAGGAAAGUAUUUUUCCGCUACUUCUAAUUUUAAAAAAAUUUCGAAAGCUCCCGAAUAA